UAAGUACACUCUGCGGUUUUCCUGUGUCACACUCUUGGAUGAAGAGUUCGUGGAAUCCAUCCCCUUCUUCUUGUUUGCCGUAAAUCUUCUUCGCUCAUAAUUUUUCUGAGUAAAGAUUAUCACCGAAAUGGGGGCAAGUACAUCGAAUUUUCGUGUAGAGGAAACGACAUUACAACAGUUUUCGUAUGCGACUUUGCUGGAGAAGAAAGACUGUGACAGAGAAAGCUUUCAGUUGUUUCGCGUUACWUCUUUUCGUUAUGAAGCUAUACUAUUCAAAAAUGAUGACCAUCCUAAGUGCCUCAGUCUUUUCAGAAUGGACGAUGAACAAGCAGCGAGGGAUAAGUUUAAAAGCCUCUACAAGAAACUCUCUCCGUUCUAUAAGACAUCUGUGAAAUGUUUUAAUGCUGGGACAUUGCAAGAACUGAUUGAUACCAUGUACCAACAUCCAGAAUGGACUYUAGCUGAUGUUGCCAAGCAUCUUGACCUUAGAGAAUGCUUAAGUCAUGAGCAUAUUGCUGCCUCUUCAGAAAACAAAUCAGCCAGUCCCCUCCAAGUAGCUUGUAAGACUGGAAAAUUAGACUUCAUUCAAAGUUUGACAAGUAUCAAUGCCCGCGAUUUUGUUAAGGACAAACUUGGAAAUACACCACUGCAUUAUGCUGCUGAAAACUACCCUGAAAUACUCAUAUCAAUGAUUCARAAGGCACAAUAUUUAGGAACACAAGUCUCAGACGUUGUCAACUCGCGUAAUGCCGAUGACCAAACAGCUUUGGAUGUGGCCUGUCACUUCUCACAGGAUCAGGGAGUYAAGGUUUUGUUAGAGGCUGGUGCAGAUGUGAACCAUGUAGAAGGCUAYCAAAAACCAAUUCACACAGCUCUUAAAUCCAAUGGUACACGGUGUGCAGCGCUGAUCUUAGAGUUUCACCCUGACCAGAUCAAUGAGAAGGAUUUAAAGUAUGGUGCUUUUCCAUUACAUUGGGUAAAAACCAAAGAGGGAGUUCGUCUUCUCUUGGAAAAAGGAGCAAGUAUUGAGUGUAGAAAUAACGACGGGGAGACACCUUUGCAUGUUAUGGCCAGACGGAGAAGACUUGGRUGUGUCAUUGUAUUGCUGUCCUCUGGUGCUGAUGUCAAUGCAYGCAGYAGUGAUGGAUCUACACCGCUGCAUAUUGCAUCACAGGCAGACGACUGUGACAUUGUACGAGCUCUGAUUGUGUUUGGUGCAGAUGUAAAUGCAACCAACAAUAAAUUCCAAACAGCGCGCCAUAUUGCUACACAAGAGCACCAUCCAAGAUGGAAAGACGUAGUUGAUGCGUUAUGCUACGUGGGAGCAUCGCCUUGUGACAAAGCGAAAACMAAAUGUAACCUUCCAUGCAGUAAAGAAUUCAAAGGAGAAUUGAGAAUAGGUGAUAGUGUCAACAAAGUYRCAUCGGGUUUUUUUAAAUCGUCUGGUUUCGAAGACUUGAUCAGGGCCGCCGCUGUUAGUGCUGCRUUAUUCAGUUCCCCAGGUAAAGACUCUGUAGAUGGCGGCUCAAAACCGAAAAGAGCGAAGUCUAUCUUUAAAGAGAAAACUGGACGGGAUUCAGUUCUGGCUAUGGACGGGGGAGGAAUCAGAGGUCUGGUACUAAUACAAAUACUGCUGGCCAUAGAAGAGAUAACCGGCAAACCAAUCACCGAGUUAUUUGACUGGAUAGGUGGGACAAGCACUGGUGGUAUAUUGGCAUUGGCUUUAAUCCACGGAAAGUCGAUCAGAUACUGCCAGGGUUUAUACUUUAAAUUGAAAGACGAGGUUUUCAAUGGACAAAGACCGUACAAUUCAGAGCCUUUGGAAAGAUUGUUGAGAGAAGAGUUUGGCGAGAAUACAAUGAUGACAUCGGUGAAACAUCCUAAAGCUCUUAUUACCGCUGUACUAGCAGACCGUCGUCCAGCAAGCUUAUACUUCUUUAGAAACUAUGACAUGCCAGAAGAUAAGGCAUCAACUGCAACAAAGUCACCAUUUCCAUCGCCUCCUCCUCCAUCAGAACAACAAGUAUGGAGAGCUGCACGAGGGACAGGAGCAGCACCUACGUUUUUCCGUGCCAUGGGACGUUUUCUAGACGGUGGUUUAAUAGCCAAUAAUCCAACUCUAGAUAUUCUCACUGAAAUACAUAAGUACUACCAGGUACACUGCCCCGAAGCAAAGAAAGGCGUUGGCUCAUCAAACGUAGGUCUAGUUGUGUCCCUAGGUACUGGUGUGCCACCUACAGAACAUGUCAUGAAUAUUGAUGUCUUUAAGCCGGAUUCGAUAUGGGAUGCCUCCAACAUUAUAACUGGCGCACGCGCACUUGGUAUGCUGYUGGUMGAUCAGGCCUGCGCGACCCAUGGKCCGGUUGUAGARCGUGCAAGGGUCUGGUGCGAGAUGAUUGGAGUCUCGUUCUAUCGUUUUAGUUCUGAUAUGUCUUUUGAAGUUGGACUUGACGAAACAGACGACAGACUCCUCGUAAAGAUGCUUUGGGAAGCUAAAGUCUAUGUUUUACAAAAYAUUCAAUCUUUUAAUGAACUUUCCGAAAAAUUAACUAUGUGAUGAUAACAUUUUAACUGAAAUUAAUUUGUAAUAAAAUAUAUAUYUCAUUUUAAACUAAUAUUUAACAAGAUAUUUUAAAUCUAUUGUUCGCAUUUCUUCAACAGGUUCACCUAUACCACAAAAUUCAGUCCACUAAGUGUUUUGCCAUUUUCACAAAUCACACACACACAAAAUAAUAAUGGUUUCUUGAGAUAGUCUGAACAUGAUUUUGUCAAAAGAUAUAGCGAAACAAACAACGAAAGUAUAUAUUGUCAUAGUAUUAUUUGUAGAACAUAAAUGUAUAAAAAAUUAAAAGAAUAUUAAUUAACAACUGUAAA